ACUCAUCUCUCUCUCUCUCUCUAUCUGUCUUCCCCACAGCUCUGAGUUUGUGGGUUCUGAAGAAGAGACAUGUGAUAGAUCACCGAUUCAUUGUAGUCUGAUGCUGAUGAGUUUCACUAUUAUUCCUUCCUGCAUUUCCUUUCUUCACUAACAUAACGGGGAAAUGACUAAGGUAAGUCCAGAACUCGUAGGAGGCGAGGUGCAGAUGUACACAUUCAAAUCAGUGUCUGCAGAUGUAAGCUUUGUUUCUAAUCAGUUCCCCAAAUACAAGCUCGGGCCCGAUUUUCAGAUUUUAGAGGACACAUUGUUGGAAAACAGAGGUCCAUCCCUGAAGGAGGUUGUUGAAGAAGAAACUGGUCGGCUAACAGAUCAACACGAGCGUCUCUCUGUACGUGAUCUAGCUAGCAAAUUUGACAAGAAUUUGGCAUCUGCUGCCAAAUUAGCUAAUGAGGCUAAACUAAGAGAUGCCCCUUCUUUAGAGGGACAUGUCCUUUUGAAGAAACUAAGAGAUGCACUGGAAACUCUGAAAGGAAGAUUGGCGGGUCAGAAUAAAGAAGAUGUCGAUAUAGCCAUUUCAAUGGUGGAAGCCCUAGCUGUACGGUUAACUCAAAAAGAAGGAGAUCUUAUACAAGAGAAGUUUGAAGUGAACAAACUUGUGAGCAUUUUAAAGCAGGCGUCAGAAGAUGCUAAAAAGUUGGUUAAUCAAGAGAGAUCUUUUGCUUGUGCUGAAAUAGAAAGUGCGAGAGCAGUUGUGCAAAGAAUUGGCGAAGCCCUAGAAGAACAAGAAGCAGAUGAUAGAACGGCAGGGAAACAGGAAGUUGAGGAAUUAAUGGAGGAGGUUCAAGAAGCUAGAAGAAUUAGACUCUUGCAUCAGCCCAGCAAGGUGAUGGACAUGGAACAUGAAGUCCAAGCACUACGAACACUUCUAAAAGAAAAAGCAGUGGUUUCGUUUAAACUCCAAAAUGAGUUAGCAAUGAACAAGAGAAAAGAGAAAAACAAGUCUCAAUUGUAUCAAAUAAUUGGUGCAGAAAGUGUUGGCUCAAUUUUACGUAUCCAGUCAUGCGCAGAUGAGGCAGUUGAUACUUCAAAAUGCUCGAUUCAGUGGUAUCGGUUAUCUUCUGAAUGCAGCCGAAGGGAACCUAUUUCAGGUGCGGACAAAUCUGUUUAUGCCCCUGAACCCAUCGAUGUUGGGCGAGUUCUAGAAGUUGAUAUUGUCUCAAAUUGCCUAAAGGCCUCAUUGACGACUGUUGGCCAAAUAGACCAAGGUUGGUGAUAAACAAAUUUAUGCAUUUUCAUUAUUUUCUAAUAUGCUUUGUUUCGUUUUGAUGUCAUCAGGAUGCUAUUGAAAUUAGUAAUUGGACUUUAAUAAUUUAUGGGAGAAUGA